AUGGUCAACCUCGAGAUCCCUGACAACUAUACCUACUCCCCCGCUCCCGGGAGCCUUCAGUUGACGAUCAAUCACGAUAUUGCUGCCGAUCUAGACUCCAGCAAUGCCUUUGAGGGGCCCGAGAAGCUCCUCGAGGUUUGGGAAAAUGGGUUGAAGGCUGUGAACCCGUCCACCUGGGAGGGUAUGCUCGACAUGGUCAACUGCAAGGUCCUCUCGAUCGUCAAGUCGGACCAUGUUGAUGCCUACCUCCUCUCCGAGUCGAGCUUGUUCGUCUUCCCGCACAAAAUCAUCCUCAAGACUUGCGGCACCACCACUCUGCUGCUGGGCCUGCGACGCCUUUUGCGCAUCGCUGCUGUGGAUGCUGGCUUCCCUUUCCACAAUGCCGCUUCGGUCGAUGACAUCAAUGUCGCAGCCACCCCGCACCGCGUCUUCUACAGCCGCAAGAACUUCCUCUUCCCGGACCGCCAGCAGGGUCCCCACUCGAGCUGGAAGGAGGAGGUCAAGUUCCUGGACGAUACGUUCGAGAACGGCAGUGCCUACAUGGUCGGAAGGAUGAAUGCCGAUCAUUGGUACCUGUACAUGACGACCCCCACCAGCUCCGCGCUGACGCCGCCUUUGACACCCCGUUCGAGCAACGCCGGCAGCCCGACUCGCAGCCGCAAGAUCCCAACGGGCACCGUGCCGUAUGUAUCCGGAGCUGGUGAUUCCCAAUCUGACGAGACUCUGGAGAUCUUGAUGAUGGAUCUCGAUCCUGAGCUUGCGAAGCAGUUCUACCUGGAGCAGGCGAGUGCGGUCGCCAGCAAGCGGGUGCCUGCCCAGGCUCAGGAAGCUCGUCGCGCCGCCGUCGACAGCCUGGGAGAUAUCGAUUCGACUGUCGACGUCUUCGCCAAUUGCGGAGAGUCUGACAUCUCGGGCGAGCAGGGCACCGACGUCGAGGUGACUGCCGGCGAGGCCAUGACCACCGAGGGCCAUGCUCUUGGCACCGUCGUUUCCGACACUUGUGGUCUCGCCCAGGUGUAUCCUACCUCGCACUAUCCGGAUGCGCGCAUCGAUGCAUACCUGUUCUCGCCCUGCGGUUAUUCGGCCAACGGCGUCGUUCCCGCCCCUGACUCCGGCGUAGAUGCGGAUGGCAACAAGCCCGCGCACUACUGGACGGUCCAUGUGACGCCGGAGCCGAUCUGCUCUUACGCGUCAUUCGAGACAAAUGUCCCGAGCGGCCAAAACGGGCGCCAAACCUCGGACACCAUUCAGCACGUUGUCGAUAUCUUCAAGCCUGGCCGUUUCACUGUGACGUUCUUUGAGACUAAGAAUAGGACUGCGGAUGAGGAGGGUGUCUCUCAACCCGCCAGGGCCGGUGUCGACAAGCGCAUGGACGGAAUCAAGGGAUACCGCCGCAUGGAUCGCAUUGUCCACGAGUUUGACGACUACCAUCUCGUUUUCCGCUACUUUGAGCGCGAGGGAUGGGCUGGCGAUAAGACCGCCAGGGUCGGCGAGGAGUAUUAG